AGGCACACAGUAGCACCCAGGACGGGGUGCCAGUCCAUCGCAGAAACCGGCGCACCGGAGAGAACAUGCAAACUCCCCUCAGAAAGGACCCGGACCGCCCAACCUGGGGAUCGAACCCGGGACCUUCUUGCUGUGAGGCGACAGUGCUACCCACUUAGCCACCGUGUAACUGUUGGGCCCUUGAGCAAGGCCCUUAACCCUCUCUGCUCCAGGGGCACGGUACAAUGGCUGACCCCUGUGCUGUGACCACAGCUUCCAAAAAAAACAAAAACAAAGACAAAUAAAGGCAUUCUAGUGUGUCGUACUAUGUUGAGUGUAUCAGGUGCAGUAGUGUUGUUGGGAUCGCGCAUAGGAUUAGUCAUAUGAGAGUCAUAAAAUAAGAUAUAGUUUAUAUAUUCGAUUUUUUGUGGCGCUUAGGUGGCUCAGCAUUAAACAGUGCAGGGUUCCAGGAUUCACCAGCAGCCACCCACCCGCUAACAGCAGUCGCCUCAUAUCAGAAGGGACAGACGACUCUAGGAAAGCGAUUCAGGACACUAAGCACCCUUGUUCCUCUUUGAGGCUGCUCAACAGCUCUUGAGUAAUUUAGGGGAAGUGGAGGCGGAGGAAGAAGGGAGCCGUAGAAUCCCGACAACAAGAUUUCGUGACUAAGGCCUUUCCCGUGAGUCUCUCUCUCUCUCUCUCUCUCUCUCUGUCUGUCUUUCUCUCCUUCUCGUGGUGCCGUCAUUGGUCAUGAGUGGACUAGAUGUCCUUCCCAGUCUCAGCGCUGUCAAAGCAUGCCGGUUUAAAACGAACCCUCAUUCUGACGUGGGUUCAGACAGCAUGCUGGAUUGAGAAGUUCACUCUGGUAGAGAAUGAGAAUUGAUACAGAACUGGUGGCUGCAGUGGUGGCGGAAUGUAGAUAAUAUUUAAGUGCUUUUUUAAUUCGUAUUGUUUUUUUAUAAUCGUGAAAUCUGGAAUUCGGUACCAAUCGGUUUGUUGACAUCUGAUAUUAAGGGACAGUCGGGAGCUGAAGUAUACAGUUACCACCUAAUCUUUCGGGCUGGACUGUGCGGCAGCCGCUCGGCCCCCGCGUCCCCCGGCCAUGGCGUCCCGCAUCGGCCUGCGCCUGCAGCUCAUGCGCGACCAGAUGCAGCAGGAGGAGCAGCGGGAACGUCAGCGUCACCAGCACCACAUGCAGCAGCGUCCGCCCCGGCCACCCGCGCCCGCCAUCGACGCCCCCGUACACUUCCAGGCACCGAUGGAGGUGCCCGUCGAGGUGCUGAAGGUACAGACCCACCUGGAGAACCCCACCGACUACCACAUCCGUCAGUCUCAGAAGCAGCAGGUGAAGGAAUACCUCUCCAGCACCUUUGGCGCCAAGCAGGCCGUCCACGCCAUGACCGGGCUGGUCCACCCCUCUCCACCCGGCAUGGCACCGUGCCACACAUCUGGCACUGUGCCACCCUUGCCCUCGCCCUGCGCAACACAGCUGGUCAAAUCUGCAGGCAACAGUGCCCCCAACAGUCCCAUGGCCAUGCUCAACAUCAGCUGCAACCAGGAGAAAGAGAUGGAGGACGUCAUCGAUGACAUCAUCAGCAUGCAGUCCAGCUACGAUGACAUCCAGAAUUACGUCGACCCCAUAGUGCAAAUGCCAAACACACUUCCUCUAUCCAGCAGCCAUCUGGACGUGUACACCGGGCCUGGCAUGGCGGGACCCGCCAUUGCCAUGACUAGCAACUCCUGCCCUGCCAACCUAGCUCUCAAGAGAGAAAUGUCAGAAGCCCGUGCACUGGCCAAGGAGAGGCAGAAGAAAGACAACCACAAUUUGAUCGAAAGGAGAAGGAGGUUUAAUAUCAACGACCGCAUCAAGGAGCUGGGCACCAUGAUUCCCAAAACCAAUGACCUGGACGUACGCUGGAACAAGGGCACCAUCCUGCGGGCCUCGGUGGAGUACAUCAAACGCAUGCAGAAGGACAUCCAUAGAACCAGGGAGGUGGAGAACAACUUCAAGAGGAUGGAAAUGGCCAACAAGCAGCUGUGGCUGCGCAUCCAGGAGCUGGAGAUGCAGGCGCGCAUGCACGGCCUCCCCAGCACCUCCCCGUCCGGCCUGAACAACCUCGAGCUGCCCAACCCCUACGUGAAGCAGGAGAGCAGCCCCGAGGAGAACCACCACCAGCAAGCCCCGACUCACAUGCCUCCUCAGAUGCACCCCCAGCCCUCGCAGCUCCACCCCCACGCUCAGCAGCUCCACCCCCCGGCUCAUCAGCUCCACCCCCAGCCGCCGCUGCAGUACUCGAACGUGGGCAGCACCCAGCCCUUCGACUUCUGCCCCACGCUGGACUUGUGCAACGGCGGCAUGUCGGCAUACGGAGACGCCAUGGCCUGCCUGGGGGACCUGGGCACUCUGGGCGGCGUCGGCGUCGGCACCAUGGCGCACGCGGGCAAGAAGAGCGACAUGGGCUGGAUCGACGAGGCGCUGUCGCCGCUGGGCGUGGACCCGCUGCUAUCGGCCAUGUCGCCCGAGGCGUCUAUGGACAGCAGCCGCCGGAGCAGCUUUAGCAUAGAUGAUACGGAUGUACUGUGAAGUUCUGCUCCAGAUGCAAACGCCAACUCACACACACACACACACACAUAUUUGGGUAAAAAUAUGGGCAGUGGCACUCGUAACUUCCCUCAACACACCCAGAUUAGUUCCUACAUGUACACAUGUGCAUGCCCAAGCACAUGCUGACCCUUUUCAUUUGGAAAUCACUUCUAUCAGGUACACACACACACACACACACACAGAGUGAAGACAGUGCCAGUAUUGCCUUAUAAAUCCAAAGAUAUAAAAAACCAGAGCCAACACCCUCAUCCCUGCCUUCAUUUGAAUUCAGUGCCAUUACGUCUUUGCGUUAGCAUUAAGCUAAUAAAAGGGUGGGAGUAAUGUAAAGAAAUACAUACAAGUAGUAUAGCGUUCAACAUUAGCACCCAAAGGCAGCUUUUCCUCAGGCGUUUAUUUUUUCUUCUCAUAAAAAAAGCAGGGUGAUCAUCUAAAAGGUGAAUUUGUAACGUUUAGCACGCUCACGGUUUCUCUAGAUACGUUUAUUUUUGAUACCACGUGUCAAAACCCUAAGCAGUGCCUCAGGUUCUCCAGUUUGCACCUGAAACGUCUACACAAGAGACAGUCGUGGCCAAAUUCUUCGAAGCUCCAAGGUCAAAAGUGUCAAGGGUCAAGGCCCUAACCCUUCUAGACGUCCCCUAAACUGAGAAAUUCGCGUCUGUUGCUUUGUUCACAUCCAUGCUGUCUGUUUUACUUUAAAUAAAUGAGCAUAAAAAUCCCGAAAGAGUUCAAUGUUUGAUCAUGCUUUGCUAUCAGAGUAGAAUGAUCAACCACACAGCAGCAUAAAAUCAUAACCGCUGCUUACCUGAGCUUCUCUUCUUCAAAUUGAGGCCAUAUCUACAGUAUAUCCGUGUGUUGUUCCAUUAGUGACUUGAUUUUCUUCCUGUUGGUAAUGGAAUAUAACAUAACACUAAAACCACCUCCUUGUUUCUACACUCACUGUCCAUUUUAUCAGCUCCACUUACCAUAUAGGAGCACUUUGUAGUUCUACAAUUACUGACUGUUUCUCUACAUGCUUUGUUAGCCUCCUUUCACCCUGUUCUUCAAUGGUCAGGACCCCCACAGGUGGUGUUUUAGUGUGUGUUGUGCUGGUAUGAGUGGAUCAGACACUGUCUCACUGUCACUGCUGGACUGAGAAUAGUCCACCAACCAAAACUAACCAGCCAACAGCAUCCCGUGGGCAGCGUCCUGUUGGUCUAGAAGAUGACCAACUCAAACAGCAGCAAUAGAUGAGCGAUCAUGUCUGUCUAAUAGAGUGGACAGUGAGUGGACACGAUAUUUGAAAACUCCAGGAGCGCUGCUGUCUGAUCCACUCAUACCAGCACAACACACACUAACACACCACCACCAUGUCAGUCUCACUGCAGUGAAAAAAAAAAAAAGCAUGUAGAGGAACAGAUGGACUACAGUCAGUAAUUGUAGAACUACAAAGUGCUUCUAUAUGGUAAGUGUCACUAUCUCUAAAACAGCUCAGGGUUUUAUUUCCAGUUAUUCAGAGAAUUCAUUAACAUUAGGGACACUAUCUUACUGGUUAUUUAAUAAAUGGAUCAGAUCACUUCUAACCAGUAACUGCUAACCUAUCAAACCUCAACAGGGUGAAUUUUAUCAAGUACUCAAGGGUUGGCCAAGGGUUUUUACUUUUAAGAUACUUUGGAGCAGAAUGUGUGCCAGACUUUUUAAAUAUAGUAUUAAAUGACUGUAUUUCUAGGUUGCCAGUUACUCUGGUUUAAGUAGAAAUAAGAUAUAGAUAUACACAGCUGUACAGUACAAUGAAAUUCUUUCUUCACAUAUCCCAGCUUGUUUGGAAGUUGGGGUCAGAGCGCAGGGUCAGCCAUCGUACGGCACCCCUGGCAGACAGGGUUAAGGGCCUUGCUCAAGGACCCAACAGUGGCUGCAUAUCAGAGCCUGGAUUUGAACCGCCAAUCUUCCGGUUGAUAGCCCAAAGCUCUACCCACUAGGCUACCACUGUCCCACACAAGGCAACCUAAUCCAAAGCUCCAAAAUCCAAACCCAAAGCUCUACCCACUAGGCUACCACUGUCCCACACACGUCAACCAAAUCCAAAGCUCUACCCACUAGGCUACCACUGCCCCACACAAGGCAACCAAAUCCAAACCCAAAGCUCUACCCACUAGGCUACCACUGUCCCACACAAGGCAACCGAAUCCAAAGCUCUACCCACUAGGCUACCACUGCCCCACACAAGGAAACAAAAUCCGAACCCAAAGCUCUACCCACUAGGCUACCACUGUCCCACACAAGGCAACCGAAUCCAAAGCUCUACUUACUAGGCUACCACUGCCCCACACAAGGCAACAAAAUCCGAACCCAAAGCUCUACCCACUAGGCUACCACUGCCCCACACAAGGCAACAAAAUCCAAACUCAAAGCUCUACCCACUAGGCUACCACUGUCCCACACAAGGCAAUCGAAUCCAAACCCAAAGCUCUACCCACUAGGCUACCACUGUCCCACACACGUCAACCGAAUCCAAACCUAAAGCUCUACCCACUAGGCUACCACUGUCCCACACAAGGCAACCAAAUCCAAACCCAAAGCUCUACCCACUAGGCUACCACUGUCCCACACACGUCAACCAAAUCCAAAGCUCUACCCACUAGGCUACCACUGUCCCACACACGUCAACCAAACCCAAAGCUCUACCCACUAGGCUACCACUGUCCCACACACGUCAACCAAACCCAAAGCUCUACCCACUAGGCUACCACUGUCCCACACACGUCAACCAAACCCAAAGCUCUACCCACUAGGCUACCACUGUCCCACACACGUCAACCAAACCCAAAGCUCUACCCACUAGGCUACCACUGUCCCACACACGUCAACCGAAUCCAAACCUAAAGCGCUACCUACCCACUAGGCUACCACUGUCCCACACACGUCAACCAAAUCCUUGUAAAAAGUAGGUUACUAAUUCAGUUCUUUUUAGUACCCGCUUGCUUCUUAUGUGGGUCAUGCACCUGGAAUAAUCAGGCAUAAAGCAUCCAGGAAUACACACUGGGCAGGGCACCACACUAUUACCUGUUCAUUUACAGUGAGGAAAACCAUAGUAGCCUACACAAACCCACACAGACAUUAGCAGACCUAAUAAUGACAGUAGUUAGGGCAAGACGUGCAGGUCACUAACCGACAGAACCGAGACAAUGAUUAGCUUCUGAUUACCCAGAAAUGAUACGCAGCACGUGGAUCACAGCUUUAAGAUCUGCCAUCUGAAAUUGUGGAAAUCACAGGGAUUUACAGCCCAUAAAAAACAGGCAAUAUAAACUAUAUCACCACUAUAUAACCAAAAGUAUGCUGGGCAUAAUAGUAUACCGUAUAAUUACUGAGCUCAGGUGUCGCAGCCACACCCAUUGCUACCAGGUGUAUAAAUGAACAAAUCGAGACGUGGUUUGACAUGUUUGGCCCACACAAAGGCCUGACCUUCACCUAGUGCAUAUAAGUAACAAUGAUACACCGAUGAGCCAUAACAUUAAAACCAUCAGCUCUACUUACCAUAUAGGAGCACUUUGUAGUUCUACAAUUACUGACUGUAGUCCAUCUGUUUCUCUACAUACUGUUUUAACCUGCUUUCACCCUGUUCUUCAAUGGUCAGGACCACCACAGUGCAGGUAUUAUUUAGGUAGUGGAUCAUUCUCGGCACUGCAGUGACACUGACAUGGUGGUGGUGUGUUAGUGUGUGUUGUGCUGGUAUGAGUAGAUCAGACACAGCAGCACCCACUCACUGUCCACUCUAUUAGACACUCAUUCAAAGUUGGUCCACCUUGUAGAUGUAAAGUCAGAGACGAUCGUUCAUCUAUUGCUGCUGUUUGAGUCGGUCAUCUUCUAGACCUUCAUCAGUGGUCACGGGGCGCUGUUGGCUGGAUGUUUUUGGUUGGUGGACUAUUCUCAGUCCAGCAGGGACAGUGAGGUGUUUAAAAACUCCAUCAGCAUUGAUGCUGUGUCUUAUCCACUCAUACCAGCACAACACACCCAAAUAAUACCUGCUCUGUAGUGGUCCUGUGGGGGUCCUGACCAUUAAAGAACAGCAUGAAAGGGGGCUAACAAAGUAUGCAGAGAAACAGAUGGACCACAGUAGGUGCUUUUAUAUGGUAAGUGGAGCCGAUAAAAUGGACAGUGUAGAAACAAGGAGGUGGUUUUAAUGUUAUGAGCAGAACAAUAGGGCGUAACCACUCACUGAUACAACAACGUCAUGGAUGAAACCCUGACUGAAGAAAAGUUAGAAAUGUGUAUAAAAUAAAAUAAUUGAUUGUUUUUCUUUCCCGAAGCACUGAAGAAACUGAUUUAAUGACUUGAUAAUAGAUGAUUUAUUUAGACAUUUGAUGUCACUAAGCCACUUAAGCGUUGUGUUUGUACAUGUUCAUUUUAUUUGAUUUGAUCUUCCACAAAUGACUUUUGCUUUCUCUGUGCUGAGCCAUUUAAAUAUGAGAAUAUUUAAACCGCCAGUGGAGACUCUAGCCAGCGGAGAGCCAUAAUAUAUAUACAUAUAUAUAUUUUUUUCUUUUUUUCUGUGUAAAAAUAUAAGAAUAUUAAAGUAUAAAACAUGUAUCAUAUUGUUUUUAUAUUGAUUUGAUUUUAUAACAUAGUUCUUCAUAGGAAAAGUAAUGAAUUCUUAUUCUGAUUCUUUCUGAUUAUUUCUCUGGUUUGAAAUUAAAGCUUCGUCUAUGUGAACGUGACCUGUUGUACAGUUCAAGCGUACCUUCGUUCUCGUCAAGUAAACCGUUCCAGACUGCCGUUUUGAUCGUCUAUGCAAAUAUCGGACUCGGUAAACCGUGCCACCCUUCUUUUUAAUAUUAUGGUGAUGAAGUUGCUCUAAUUUUGCUUAGCCGGGAAUGAGAAGGUUUGCCCUGAAUAAAGGAAAACUGUUCACACUCCAGAAUGUGAUUGAAAUCUGCUUUCCACUCCCCGUCCCUGUCUCUCUUUUUUUUUUUGAAAGUUAAUGUUAAUAAACGUAUUUAAGUUGAUGGUACAA